AUGAUGAAGCUGCCAUUUGCUAUCACUAUUCCCACCAGACCAUGCAUGGGUUCUACUAUUGUGCUUGCUAACGACUCUGCGAUCUAUUGUUUCGGUGGUCGGCUCGAGAACCGGGAACUGACACGCUACCAUUAUGUCUCAGAUGUCGAAACGUGCCUUUGGGAGACCAUCCAUGCAGCGCCCUCGCCAGAAAACCCUACUGAUACAAAUUCAGGCUCCAUCUCCGGUGUUGCUUCCUUGUGUCCACGACCUCGAUACUUUUACGCGUUGAAUGCAUUUGGAACAUCGCUGGUUUUGUUCAGAGGUGUGGGUAAAAUUGUAGGCAAUGAGGCUGACGAAACCAAACAGCAGAAUGGCAACAACAAUCGAAGUGAAACCACCAUAGAAGACCAGACUGAUGAAUCCCAUUGGGAUUUCGCAAUCUGA